UAAUCAAUUGGUGGCUACUUGUCGGAUCAAAUCCUUCUUGAUGGACGAAUCGACAACGGCCCCGCUCGUGGUGCACGGAAAUAGAGGUUCGGGCAAUUCCAUCCUGGCGUUGUCGGAAAAAUUGAGCAAGAUCUGGCUGGCCAAGACGCCUAAGCUCGUGUUAAGGUUUCUCGGUACAACAGUGGAGAGUUCUUCCGUACUGCCUCUGCUACAGAGUCUGGUGCAACAACUGAGUAUGCUGGGGAAUCAAAGCCCACGAACCGGCCUGACCGUUGACCUCCUAAAAGUCCAGUUGAAUCUGCUCUUAAAGCACGGCACGGCAGAGUGCCCACUCUUGGUCAUCUUGGACUCGCUUGACCAGCUGGACACCUCUCACAAUGGCCGCUCUUUGAUGUGGCUUCCGCCGCCUCACUGUCCCGGAACUAGAUCAGAGGGAUGCACACAGCAUAGUGGCAUCGUGGGCGCAGAAACGGAACCGGACGUUGACUCAGACCUAGAUGGAACUCCUGCUGACCACAUUCCGGAAGUGCCCGACACCGCUGUUCUUAAAGUUGAGCGCGGUGCAGACGGUGCGUGCGUGUUGAACUGGUACCACCAUCCAUUUACGGAAAGUGCGCAGGGGCUCUACUGCGCAGACGAAGCGAAGAACAAGCGUCUCCAUGGCAACCUAGCUGAUUUCUUCGCGGGAGCCUGGGAAAAUGGUAGUAUUGAGCAUAAUUAUGAUAUGUUUGGACAGUUAGUCGUUAUAUCAGGAAGAAUAUCACAAUAA